AGACUAAUGUCUCAUUGAAUAUUACUUACAGUGCAGUUAUUAUGAUAGCUUGUUUUUUCAUUUAAUAUAGGGAAAUUUAACAGCUGAAGAAGAACAAAUAAUGAUGGCUCAUUAUCAUUAUACUGGUGCAACAAGUAGUAUACACCCAUUAUUAUCAUCGUUUGUUAAUUAUGCACAACCUGUAAAAUUUCAAGGAUUUGAUGUCGCAGAAGCUAGUAAUAUAAGUCAUCAUAUGUCUUCAUUCAAUGAAAGUAUCGCAUUGGGCCUGAUCAAGAAACAUUGUAUUGCAUUUGUCAAGUACCCCCUUUUUUUAUCUUUCGUAAUGCCGUGCAUUUUUAUUUAAUAUUGUUUCAACAUUCAUCAUUUUCAUGUUGUAUUGCUAGCUGUGCUUUUUUCCAAUGCAUGUGGAUUAGUUAGAUUUUGUUCAUUUGAAUUUGUGUUUUUUUUUAAAAGCAUCUAUGUUUUGCAAUAAUAUUCAAUGUCUUUUUCUUUUGCUAAAUCUCCUAUUAAUUUCAACCUUAACAUUGACUAUUAUAAUGAAAAUAAACAGUUAUAAUAAACGUCAAAUGAGUAGAAUUUAUCCUAGAGGAAAUCGUGUCGAUUCAAGCAAUUACAUGCCACAAAUAUUUUGGAAUGCUGGUUGCCAAAUGGUUGCGUUGAAUUUCCAAACUCCUGAUUUAGCCAUGCAGUUGAACCAAGGGAAGUUCGAAUACAAUGGUAAUUGUGGUUAUUUACUAAAACCGGAGUUUAUGCGACGUCCAGAGCGUCAAUUUGAUCCAUUCUCUGAAUCUCCAAUGGAUGGUGUUAUUGCAGCUACAUGUGAAGUGAAAAUUAUAUCAGGACAAUUUUUAUCAGAUCGUAAAGUUGGCACAUAUGUUGAAGUAGAUAUGUAUGGUUUACCAACAGAUACAAUUCGUAAAGAAUUUCGUACUCGAGUUGUCCCUAAUAAUGGAUUAAAUCCAGUGUAUGGAGAUGAUGCUGUUUUUGUAUUUAGAAAAGUUGUUCUUCCAGAUCUUGCCGUAUUACGAUUUGCAGUUUAUGAAGAUACUGGAAAAUUAAUAGGUCAACGUGUUUUACCAUUGGAUGGUUUACAAGCUGGUUAUCGUCAUAUAUCUCUACGUACUGAAGGCAAUUUCCCGCUUUCUUUACCUACUCUGUUUUGUCAAGUAUCACUUACAACAUAUGUUCCUGAAGGAUUAAAUGAUUUAGUUGAUGCUUUAUCAGAUCCUCGUGCGUUUUUAAGUAAAGAAGAACAACGAAUGAAACAACUCGCCAGUAUGGGUAUUGAUUCAUCAGAAAUUGCUGAUGUACCGUCAACUGGUGGUGGUGGUAACGCUAAACGUGUUGGGGGUGGUGCUGGUGGUGCCGGUGGUGGUAGUAGUAGUGGUCUAGGAGGUACUUCUGGACAAUUAAGUGGUUCUAUUAUGUCUAAUAUUUCCGGCUCUGGCGAAACUUCAAAUGUUUCGUCGAACAGUACUAAAAAAGAUGAAAAGAAAGAUGAUCCUAAAUUUGAUCCGAUCUCGAUCAGUUUAUUACAAACGGAUAAAAUGUAUCAAAAAUUGAUUAAAAAACAGGCAAAAGAAUUAGAAUUUUUACAGAAACGACAAGAAAAAGAUGCUGUCACUAUGUUACGCAAUCAUACAAUCAUCACAGAUAAGCUGAAUACAAGCCAUGCUAAAGAACGUUCAAGUACAAAGCGAUCAGUGAAUAAGGAAAAUGGACAAAAUGCUGCUUUACAAGAUACACAUCAUAAUCAGAUGUGUGAACUUGUCCGUCAGCAUACAGAUCAAUGGAGUAGUCUAAAAUCAACACAAAUGAAAGAAGUUUAUGAUUUAGUGUUGAGCUUUUUCGAUUCACGUAAAGAUUUAUUAAUUAAAAUUAUGAAAGAGGUUCAAGAAGAACAGAAACGUGAAUUACGCAUUAUACAAGAUCGUGAAGUGAAAGAAAUGAAAGCACAACAAACUAAAGCUUCAAUUGAAUCAAACCGUUCCGUAAUGAAUGAUCGUAAAUUACGCAAUAAAGCAGAACGUGAUCGUCGUAUACGCGAAUUAAAUGAUUAUAAUACAAAACGAUUUAUAGAUCAACGUAAACUACAAGCUCAACGACAUGAUAAACAAACACAAGAAUUAAAUAAACGUCAUACUUUAGAUGAACAAGAAAUCAUCAACGGAAUUAAAAAAGAACGUGAAGAAUUUAUCCGUAAAUAUGAAGAAGAUCUUUUAGCUUUGAAACGUGCAACUGUCAUCUAGAUUCUCAUUCAAUAACGAUAAAAACAAGCAUUUCUUUCUGAUUGAUUUUACUGCAUAAACAGAUUUCAGUUAUUUUGAUGUUCGUUUGUUUGCUCAUAUCAUUGUUCUGUUUAUUAUUCCUCAGGGUGAACACUACUGUCGUCUUUUUCUUCUUGUCUGUGUUGUGAUGUGACAGGUGUUUAUACUAUUUUCUUCAAUGUAUCAUCCUAGUGUUCAUGACAUAAAUUACAUUAGCACUAUUGAUAGUGUCUCAACAUUGAUUAAGACCAAGAACACAGUAUUACUACUGUCAUCAUCAUUAUUCUAUAUGUGGAUAAAGUUAAUUUCUUAUCAUUACAAAUGUCAAAUGCUCACUCCACUAAUCACACACACACACCAAACAUACUUUUGUAAACGUUAUGACUAAUUAUGCAUUGUGACUAGUAGUGUAGAGUGGAUAUAGACGGAAAAUGUUGUAUUGUUUUAAUUUAAUUGAUCUACAUCAAGUUUAUUAGUUUCAUGUAACUAGUCAGUGAGUUUCGUCAGUGUUUCCCAACUUAGAAGCUGACUUUUUUUUCGUCAAAAAACAGAUCGUUGUACAAUCUAUUUCCCUAUCCCUUCUACUCAUAUACACUCUCCAUUGUUAUGUGAUUGAUAUAAAUGCUCGGUAUUCGUAUAUACAUAUGAAUCUUCGAGUUGAAAAGUAUUACGUCUGUGAUAUAACUCGCUAUCUUUACUUCCGCUCGUUCAAACGUUUUGUUAAAUAUGUAUGUACACAUUUUACGGUUGUUAACGCACUCAAAAAUACAUAUAUGUUUACAUAUAAUUUGAAUGUGUUCUGUGCAAUAAACAUUUUUCUAUUCAUAUUGAAUAAAAAGAAAACACUAGUACUUUCUAUGUUUCAUUUAGAAUGUUGUCUGAAAAUAUGAAUAAUAAUUAUAAUAACUGAAUACAUUUAUGGUCAUAGAUUUUGUUGACAAAUCACCUUUACAACUAGAUUGUACUAUUUACUGUUAGAUAUUGUAUGUUUAUUAAAAUUGUAGACAAUGAUUAAAAAUAUUUUAAACACAAUGUACUAAUACUAAUAGAAAAAAAAACAGGGAUCAAAUUCAUGUGUACUUAUAUAUCAUCCAUGUAUGUUGAGAGUGUUACACAGUGUUUAUAAUGCAACUAAUAACUGCCCUGUUUACACAUACACACAAACAUACAUAUUUUCAUUUAUAAACAUUUAGAGGAAUUAUUUUCUACAAUAAAAACACAAUCUAUUCACUAAUGAUAGAUAACUUGAAAGUCGCAAUUUUGUCGUUAUUUGUGAUUAACUACUGUUGUAAUUUUUCCGUCUAGUAUUAUAAUUCUAAUUUACUUUUGUUAAAAAGAAAUAUUUAUUGACCAUAUUUUGUUGUUGUAUGUACACUUUCAACAGGAUUAUAUAUAUUCUUUCAAUUCCUUUGCUUUCAUAUAUGUGUGUUUCCAACUUGUAAUGGAUGAUUAUUGUAUUUGUUGUUUUUAAUGUGAAGAUUUCUUUUCUACAACAACUAAUACUAGUAUUGAUUUACAAGUAGAUAGCUAGAUUAUACAUUGUUUAUGGGGAAAAAAACUCAGAAACAGAUAAAUAAUGGAUGUUAUUUAUUCACAUGUGGUGUGACUUACAUGAUCACACUUAUUCCAUUCUUCUUAAAAGAACUCCUCUAUUUCGUUAAUUCAUUUCUUUCAUUUUCAAUUGAUAUAAUUGCUUUCUUUUUUUAUUCAUGUUGUCCUUACUAAGAGAUGAAGUAAAAGGAGAACGUCGAAUAUUACGGCUAAUCUUUCCCUCUAAAACUGGAUCGUUUUUUCUAAAGUGUCUAGACCUUUGUUUUUCAUUUUUUCUCUCGUUUCUUACCUGUUUUGUUGUUGUUACUGUCUGUAUGUACAUUGUCUUUCGAUGAAUUUGUUAAUAAACAAACUAUUCCCACUACUACUAAUAAUACUAGGUGUAUAGAUAUAUACUACUUAUAUUUGGAUAUAAUAACUAAUUAUUCCACAUAAUAAAAAAAUAUUCGGAC